UGCCUGUCAAUCGCUGAGCGCGCACGUGGUCAUGCUCAAAAAGCUGCGGAACGAGUUCAUCAAUACAAGGACCAGCGCUACCCCGGUCGUGGGGAGGGGUUAGUGAACUCCUCCCGCUUGUGCGCCUAAGGUUUCAGUGCUGGUUGUUUACCCGCAGUCGUCAGAUGAACUCCGCCCGCCGGGCCGUUCCCACUUCGAUCAUCGAAGCUGGCAAGAGCGGAUCAUGUUAGCAGCCUGUUACCUGAACUUUUUCAUCUUGGGACUCAGCGCCGUGGGAAAUCUAAGCUUAGCCCUGGGCGGACAUACUCAACAGAUCUCUAUGCAAUCCACAUAUGAGAUUAUAAUUCCUAGAAGAUUAACAGACAGGGAGAAGCGCUGGACACAUUUUAACAAGGAACACUUAGAUGAUCACAUAUCUUAUUUGAUACAAACUGGAAAUGGAACACACAUUCUGAAAUUAAAGAAAAAUAAAAACCUUCUUGGGGAAAAAUUCACAAUAUAUACUUAUAACCAAGAGGGCAAGCUGGAGAGUACUCCUGUGGAAACUCAGACCCACUGUUACUACCAUGGAAAUGUUGAAGGAGUUCCAGAUUCUCUGCUUGCUCUCAGUACCUGUGAUGGCCUUAGGGGAAUUCUCUAUAUUGGUGACAAACAAUAUGGCAUGGAGCCAGUUAAAGAAUCAAAUAAAUUUGAACACUUGCUUUAUGUAUUAGAUAAAUCUCAUGAACCUUUUUCCUGUGGUGUACAAAGUGAUGACCGGUAUCAUGAACAUAUUUUAAAAUACACUAAUGUAUCACAUAGUCUGUUCAGUAAGGACACUCUUCGAAGGAAAAGAAGAAAUGUGCUACCAGAUAAACGAUACAUCGAACUCUAUAUGGUUGUUGAUAACAACAGGUAUAUAUUCAAAAGAACUAUUGAAGCUGUACAGAAAGAAACAGUUGAAUUGAUUAAUUAUGUAGAUGGGAUGUUCCAUCCCUUAAACAUACAAGUUGUCCUAAUUGGAUUGGAAAUAUGGACAAAUGGAAACCAGAUAGAGGUGGGAGGCGAUUCAGCUGGAGAUGUGUUGGGCAAAUUUGUGACUUGGAGGAAAACAAAUCUUAUUACGAGAUCAAGAAAUGAUGUUGCUCAUCUCAUCAUCGGGAGAAGGCCAUACGGUAAAACAGUUGGAAUGGCUUUCGUUGGCACAGUGUGUAGUGCAGAUCACGGAGGAUCAAUCACUACUUUCGAUCACAACUCUGCCAUAAAUCAAGCUACAGUGGUUGCGCAUGAGUUGGGACAUAAUCUUGGUAUGAAUCAUGAUGAUGGAAGAUGUCCAAACACCUAUAUAAUGCACAGUUCAGAUAACGGGUCCAGGAACUUCAGCAGCUGCAGCUCUAGUGAUUUUGAGCAACUUAUCUUGAGAGGUGGAGGAAGCUGUCUCAGAAAUUCUCCAAAGCCAAGUGAUAUAUUUACAGAGCCCAUGUGUGGCAAUAACAUUGUGGAUAGGAAUGAAGAAUGUGAUUGUGGCACUCCAAAAGAAUGUACCAAUCCUUGUUGUGAUGCUGCCAGCUGCAAGCUAACACGUGGAUCAGCAUGUGCUGAAGGAUUGUGCUGUGAAAAGUGUCAGUUCAAGGUAGCAGGAGUGGAGUGUCGACCAAAAUCAAAUAUCUGUGAUCUCCCUGAAUAUUGCAAUGGGACCUUUUAUGACUGUCCAGAAGACGUGUAUGUCAUGGAUGGCUACCCAUGUAACAAUAUGAAAGAUUACUGUUAUAGUGGAAUUUGCGAGAAUUAUGAUUCUCAGUGUGAAUCCCUCUUUGGAAAAGGAGCAAAGAAAGGACCUAAUAUUUGCUUUGAAACAGCCAAUAGCAAAGGAGACAGAUUUGGCAAUUGUGGAAUGAAGGAGGCAAAUUUUGUAAAAUGUUCCCAAGCCAAUAGUUUAUGUGGCAAGAUUCAUUGUACAUCUUUCAAACAUGAGAAUCUCCCAUCCCAGUUGUAUUUCCAGAAUCUAGAUGGAGUUUCAUGUGUGUCUACUGAAUUUAAUCUAGGAUCAGAUAUUCCCGAUCCAGCACUGGUUCAUAAAGGCACUUCUUGUGCUGAAGGAAAAGCUUGUAUUGAUUACAGAUGUGUAAAUGCAAGCUUGCUGGGUUACAACUGUGACAUAAAGAAAAAGUGUAAUGGUCGGGCGGUGUGUAACAACAAAGGCAAUUGCCAUUGUGAUCCUGGGUGGGCACCUCCAUUUUGUGAUGUGUCUGGCUAUGGUGGCAGCAUAGAUAGUGGCCCAACUCAUAUAGAUACAUCCCUUCGUGAUGGUCUUCUGAUAUUUUUUUUACUUGUGUUGCCUAUAUUAAUUCUACUUGCAAUUGCAUUUGUCAAGAGGAAAGAAAUUAAAAGGCGUCUCUUCAGAGAACGUAGAAGACAAGAAAGGACUGAAAAUGCGCAGCAAAGAAGACCACUACCUGCACACCAGAAUAAUACUCCAAGUAAACCAAAUCCACCAGAGCCAAUAAAUAGAAAGCGGCCUACUUCAAAUUCGGAAGUCUUUACAAUAUCUCACUUUCCAACUCCAAGGCCACCAGUACAAAAUCAAUUUGUUCCACCUCCACAACGACCUCCUGUACGACCACCAAUAUCACAAAGGCCUCCUUUAAGACCGCCAAUUCCACAAAAUCCUCCUUUAAGACCGCCAAUUCCACAAAAUCCUCCUUUAAGACCGCCAAUUCCACAAAACCUUCCUUUAAGACCAUCAAUUCCACGAAACGCUCCUUUAAGACCACCAAUCCCACAAAAACCCGUUUUCUCUCCUCCAUCUUGAAGAAUUAUGAUGAAAUGUAUUGUACUCUACUAGGAAAAAAUACUGUAUUAGUGAAAUGAAUUAAAAUGUAUUAUUUUUAGAAAUAUACAAACAAAGACUUCAGUUUAAUUUCUAAAACAGUAUUAAAUUAAAUUUAACUUACUUCAGGGUCUGCUGCCCUACCAAAUCAUUAUUUAGGAAAGCAAAGGCCUUAAUUAUUAGGCAACAGGAUAUUGCUUUUAUAAGUAAUACUGGUCUCAUCCCAAUAAAGUUAAAGUCAUUUACCUUAACCUAGGGCCAAACUAGAUGUUGUAGUAAAUGUGAUCAGAAACAAUGUCAGACUUAUAAAAUGUAGGACAUGUAUGUGCAAUUUUUAUUAGGAGAAAAGGUGGUUAGGGCUUUUCUUCUCUGGUUGAGGUUCCUCUCUUUCCUUUUCACUUCUAACAUAGAUUAAUUAUUAAUAUUACAAGAAAACACCUAUGGAGGUUAGUAGAGAGUAUCAUGCCCAUAAGGUCAUGAUUGGGAAAGGAAUAGUUAAAUCUGUCACACAAAUUCCCUUCUUGUACAAUCAUCCUAGUAAACGUUGGGGGGGAGACUGCUGCUCUUAACAUCAAUGACAGAUUCACUAAUUAUACAGUUGCUCUGAUUUUUUAAAAUGGGCAGUUGCUUCUUUAUAGUCAAUUGGUUUAUUACAUUAAGAAACAAUGUGAAAGCACAAGACUCAUUACAAAAUUAAUCAAUCAUUGAAGGAAGGGCUGCAGUGUAGUAUUAUCUACCUGAACAAAGAUCAGAAAGUGAUUUGUAUUGUCUAAAGUCAACAAACAUGACUUGACAGCCAUUGGUACACUAUUGUUGAUCCACAUGUAUACCGGUCACAGUUGCACAGGAGUCACACUAUCCUUAAGUGUUCUUGUAGGAUAUUUCUAAAGAUUCUUUCAACUUCCCAGGUAAAUUGUGAAUAUAUUUUAAAUGUUUCUAACACAGAAAUAGAUGAUACUUCUGUUUUCAUAUUAUACAUCUGUGAAGGUUACACAUUUUUAUUAAUAGCUUUAUCUGGCCAUUUUGAUAGUCCAUUUUGAUAAUGAGGCCAGUCAAUUGUGGUUUAUUCAUUAAAUCAUAGUUAAGGAAACACUAUCAUGUUUCAGCAUGCAGUUGAGCUUUUGUAUUAACAUGAGACAAAAGGUCAACUAUAUGCUGAAACAUGAUAGUAAGACAUGUUUUCUUAACCAUGAUUUAAUGAAUAAACCACAAUUGAGUGGGCUCAUUAAGCAUGUCAGAUCAUUUCAGGUUCAUAAUAGUAAUUUGCAUCAUUUUUCAACUGCAUUAAAGUGCAACAAUUCCGCAUUUCUGACAUACCAGCCCUGAUAGUAAUUUUGCUGGAAACGGAAACAGAAUGACAUUUCUGCACGGAUUCAUGAAACCAAAGAUUUGAUUAAAGAAUACUGUUUUCUGGUGAGCAAAAAACAAUUUGUAUCCUGACAGUGUUACUGCCUUUGUUUAAAGUUACUUACAUCAUAAUUACAGCUUGCAGGCAUAUUAUGAAUAACCAAUUCAAAUUUGUAAAUCAAAACUAACAUAUAUGGUCCACUAGAUUUAAUAUAUGCUCUUUUAUGACAACCUCAUUCCACUAUCAGGCAUAUAUGAAAUUCUACUCAGAGUUGAUUUACAAAAUGUUUUGAGAAGUUUUUAAUAUCUGCCUUUUAGUAAUAUAAUUGUGUUGAUGAACAAGCCAAUAGUAUUAUGCUGGAUACAAAUGCCAAAAUUUAGAUAUAAAAUUAUUUUUAAUGUUUACAUUGUCUGAAAAUUUAUAUUAAUAUGUAUUUUAGGGACUAUUGAAAAAAUUGAAAUUUUCUGUAAUCAAUCAAAUUUGUUAAUGGUGCUUCCACCUCUAAGCUUUUUACAUAUAUAAAGUUAUUUGCAGUUUUGCACAAAUCACUUUUGUAAUUUAGUGGUAGAAAAAUCAAUUGCACAAUUUCUGUUAAAAUGGCAAAUGUUGUGAACCAUUUUGUAAAAUAAAAUAAAAUAACUUGA